GGACGUUCCAGCUUCUGCAAUACAAGCGUAAAGAGACGUCUGCAGGUAAACUGACAGCCAAUAUCCUGCCCAUUUAUCCAAGGAGGCGCUGUAGGGUUUUACAACAAGUUGAGAAGAUCAUAGGAAUACCGUUGUCCCCAUCUCCAGUCGUGAAAAGGAAAUGCAUACAUCUUUGCCCGUGGCCGUUUAGAAACGUUCCCUUCAUUUGCUGCUGCGGUUUACGGUGCGUCAUAUGGGACCUUUACUAACAGAUAUGCCGCUGGUGGCAUCCUUCGUCGACUCGCGAUCAGAAGGCAGCGGCACGUCUUUCUCCGGUGAGGACUGCCCAAGCCCAUCUGAAUCGGAGAGAGGAGGACAGAAAGGAGUGCGUGUGGACCGGAGAGGUAAAAGAAGAGUGAAGAACAGAGACGCUGCCAGGAAGAGCAGGAAAAAACAGACGGAGAGAGCAGACAUUCUCCACCAGGAUCUACAGACCUUGGAAAGUUCUAACUCAGCUCUAGAGAAGGAGAUUGCUAGUCUGAGAAGAGAGUUCCAGCUCUACACAGCCACCCUGGAGCAACAUGAAUCUGCCUGCACCCUCCGGCCCUCGUCUAUACCCGCCAAUAUCCCCUGCUGCCAGAUCCUGUCCCCCUCCGCGUCAUCUAUUGCCCCUGUGACUACCCCGGCACCCGCUGUGUCCCCUCAAACCACCUCGGCACCCACUGUGUCCCCUCAAACCACCCCGGCACCCACUGUGUCCCCUCAAACCACCCCGGCACCCGCUGUGUCCCCUCAAACCACCCCGGCACCCGCUGUGUCCCCUCAAACUACCCCGGCACCCGCUGUGUCCCCUCAAACCACCCCGGCACCCGCUGUGUCCCCUCAAACUACCCCGGGCUCUCUUCUUGCCCCAGUACCUGGAGAGCAGAGGACUUGUUUACCACUCCCCACUCUCGUCACUGUUCCUUCAACUGCCCAUGUGACUAACCCCUACCCUUUGCUUUCCACUCUAUAUUCCCCAAUAUCUAAUAAUGCCUCUCUGAUUGCCCCAAACAAUAUUUGUUCCUCUCCAAUUACCCCAAAAACUAAUAUUUUCCCUCUAACUACCUCAAUAAAUAAUCUUGCCCAUCCAACUAUCCCUGUUCCUACUCUGUCACCAAUCUCCUACCCUCUGACCAUGUACCCUCUGAACUUGUCUACCCCAGCCAUUGAACCCCCAAUAGAAUUUUCCCUCUCCGACAUCCUGGACAGUCCUGAUUGGCUCUGCAACCCUGCAUCACCCACCUGGGGCGAGUUCUAAUGGACCAAUGACACUGUUUGGCGAAUGGUUGAAAUCAGCCGGUGGUUGCUCGGCCCUAUUGCCUCUGACCACUGAACAUCAGUACUGAUUUUCUGGCAAUUUUCUGACGAAUUUCUACGUUGAAUCUCCACUGUCCAUCGGCAGACAACCACUAGGUGAUCUACAGCCAACGUCUGUGAUGAUGUGUCUUUCACGGAGUAAGAUUCCUGGCACCCUGUGAAAGACUCAUUUAGGUUUCUGUAGAAAAGAACAGAAAGACACUUAAAAUUGAUGGACUCUGGUGUUUGGUACAUGUAUAUACCAAGCACAUGUAAUGGUUGUUCACAUCUUGUGAGGAAUUCUGUAGCUGUUAUGUUGAUUCACGGUUUGUGUUUUUGACUAACCGGCCCUGUUCCUUGGUCAUAACAGACUAUUGGCCCUGUUCCUUGGUCAUAACAGACUAUUGGCCCUGUUCAUUGGUCAUAACAGACUAUUGGCCCUGUUCAUUGGUCAUAACAGACUAUUGGCCCUGUUCAUUGGUCAGAACAGACUAUUGGCCCUGUUCAUUGGUCAUAACAGACUAUUGGCCCUGUUCAUUGGUCAUAACAGACUAUUGGCCCUGUUCAUUGGUCAUAACAGACUAUUGGCCCUGUUCAUUGGUCAUAACAGACUAUUGGCCCUGUUCAUUGGUCAUAACAGACUAUUGGCCCUGUUCAACUUCUUUGAGUGUAGAAUAAUUGAUUGAUUGAUUGAUUGAUUGUAAUAAUCUUUUUAACUCUUCAUUAGAACCUCACAUAUUGAGUUAAUUUAUUUGUGUAUAAAAUCAACAAUUCAAUGGACUUUCAAACCUUUUAAGUGUGAUUUUAAUUAAUUGAAAAAAAAGCUGCAAAUGUAUUGAACAGGCUACAGACAAAACGAAUAGCAUAUGACUAUAUUUGGAAAACCACAUCUCGUACAAUAUAAACUACGUCUAUAUUCAAAAUAUCCCAGAUUUAGGUUUAAACACAGGAUAUACAGGUAACUGCCAAAAUAAGGGAAACUCCAACAUAAAGUGUCUUAAUGAGACGUUGGGCCGCCGCCAGAACCAAUGCAUCUUGGGUAGUGCCUUCAGAAUGUAUUCAGACCCCCUUGACCUUCUCCACAUUACAUUACAGCCUUAUUCUAAAUUUGAUUAAAUUGUCUUUUUUCCUCAUCAAUCUACACACACAAUACCCCAUAAUGACAAAGCAAAAAGAGGUUUUUAGAAAUGUUUGCAAAUGUA